GCGUGCUAAAGCUAGUAGGUUAUAGAUCAUAUAAUUUUGUAUUACUGAACAAAUGUAGCAUGAUUUUAUGGUUCAAAAGUGCAUUGUUGGUAUAUAAAGCCAAGUUAACGAACGCCCAGACAUUUAAGUCGAACGAAUGAUUAAAAAUGCAAAUAUGGAUUUGUAUUUAUAUUUUGUGUCGUGUUACGUUUUAUUGAUAAACUCAAUUGAUUCGGCGAAGAUUUUGGGCGUGUUCCCCGUUCCUUCCAUCAGUCACCAGGUGGUGUUCCGGCCUCUCAUGUUAGAGCUCGCUAAAAGAGGGCACGAUGUCACCGUCAUUACAACAGAUCCCGUCUUCCCAAAAGGAGAAGCACCAGCUAACUAUACAGAAGUAGACGUGCAUGGGGAGUCGUAUCGUAUUUGGAGAGAAGGAAUAAAGAAAGUGUCAAAUGUAGGCAAAGGUGAAUUACGAAUUCAAGCUGAUGAUCUUAAAACAUUUCCUAUUAUGUUUGAAAGGCAAAUGAACGAUGAAGAUGUAAAACGUUUACUUCGUGAUAACAAGCACUUUGAUUUGUUGAUAUUAGAAGCUUGUUUCAGACCCGCGCUCAUAUUCUCACACAUUUACAAAGCUCCUGUGAUUCUGAUGAGUUCUUUUGGGGCAAUGUUUGAUAAUUACGAUAUAAUUGGUGCUCCUACACAUCCCAUUCUAUACCCAAGUUUUAGUUUUCAAAAAUUAAACAACCUUACAAUGUGGGAUAAAAUUACGGAAUUGUAUACGCUUUACAAGAGAGCAUAUUUUUACGCAAGAAAUUUGGAUUUUGAAGACAGCAAAAUAAGAAAACAUUUUGGCGAAAACGCACCGUCGCUAGCCGAACUCGGUAAUAACGUGGACAUGAUGUUUUUAAAUGUGCAUCCAGUGUUUGUAGGAAUCCGUCCUGUGCCUCCAUCUGUUGUUUUUAUGGGUGGUUUGCAUUUAAAACCUGAAAAACAUUUGCCUGAGGACCUCAAAACGUACUUAGAUUCUUCUAAACAUGGAGUGAUCUACAUAAGUUUUGGUACCAACGUAGAUCCUACUCUAUUACCACCUGCGAGAAUCCAAGUUCUAGUUAAGGUACUCUCUCAGUUACCUUACGAUGUGUUAUGGAAGUGGAACGGAGACGAGCUGCCUGGACGUACUGCAAACAUCAGAAUCUCAAAGUGGUUGCCGCAGUCAGAUCUUCUUAGGCACCCGAAAAUCAAGCUAUUUGUGACACAAGGAGGUCUACAAUCAACAGACGAAGCCAUAACUGCUGGUGUUCCAUUGAUUGGUAUGCCAAUGUUUGCGGAUCAGUUUUUCAAUGUUGAAAAAUAUCAAUAUCAUAAGAUCGGUGUCCGGUUAGACUUGAAAUACCUAACAGAGGAACAGUUUAGAAACACUAUCACCAAGGUUAUUUCAGACGACAGUUUUCGUCAAAAUAUAAUAAAACUGCAUGGUUUGAUGCGUGACGAGGUGCAGACUCCACUGGAGCGCGCCGUGUGGUGGACGGAGUACGUGCUGCGGCACGGCGGCGCGAAGCACCUGCGCUCGCCCGCCGCCAACAUCUCGUGGGCGGAGUACCUGGAACUGGAGCUGGUGUUCACAUUACUUGGAGGAGUAAUAGUUGCUGUAGCUUUAGGUGUCUUCGUAGUUAUUACAAUUUAUAAGCAGUUAUUGAGAAAAUGUUUUAGUGCUUCCAAAAUAAAACGUUCCUGAAUAGAAUAGUAUAAUGUAAAUAUUUAAGUUGCAAAACUGAAGUCAUAAUAAUAAAAUGAUGCAUAA